AUGCAGGUCCAGCCCCUUGUCCCAGACACCACCCCAGCUGUUAAAGCAACCUCGACACAAAUUGCCAUUGCUAGCUUCAACCUAUGGGCUGUGGGCAUCACCGUCGUUAUUGGGGGUCAGUACUUUUCGUGGAAUGCCGGGUUGUCGGCUGGAACCAUCAGCUACGGCCUUGCCUCCCUUAUGAUGACGCUGGCGUACACGUGCAUGUGUAUGUGUAUGGCCGAAGUGUCCAGCAUGGUGGUGUUCGAAGGCGGCGCAUUCGGGCUGGCGCGAUGUACAUGGGGGUUUUACGCUGGCUAUAUCAUCGGAUGCUGCGAAGCGGUGCAGUACAUACUGUACGUCACGUGCUCGUUUGUGGCGUUGGGGCGGAUGAUGGCGACAUUUUGGCCGGUGAUUAUGGACUACCCUUACCUUUCUUGGUUCUUGAGCUACCUCUUGUCCAGUUCAAUGCUCAUCGUGGGGGGUAACGUGUACUGGCGAUGGAAUAUGGGAUUGGCGCUGCUGUCGUUUGCCAUUUUGAUCGCGUACGUGUUUGGGUCGUUGCCCUAUGUGGACAUUUCCAGUCACGCAGGUGGCAGCGAUUUUUACUUCGUCGGGGGGUUUUCCCAGUUCAUGCUCGUGUUCCCCCUCACAGCGUGGUACUUCGUCGGGGUCGAAUCGUUGAAUCGGUUAUGCGCCGAAGUCGCCGAGCCUCGCGUAUCCGUCCCCAUCGGCCAGUUGGCGUGCAUGUUCACGCUGGUGGCGACGGCGGUACUGGUAUUCUUCGUCACCAUCAGCGUCGACCCCGGGAUGCCUGCCGUCGCCACUUCACUUGCACCCAUGAACUAUGGGUUCAAUCGAAUGUUCAAUUGCACGGACGCCGUCUCGACGUGGCUCGCCUUGCCCGCCACGUUCGCGACCGGCCAAGGCUUUGUCCAAGCGUACACCAAAGUGAUUUCGUGCAUGUCUGGGUCGCACUUGCUGCCAUCGAUUCUGCAUCGCAAGCACGCCCAGUUUAAGACCCCCGUGUUCGCCAUAGCCGUGGGCUCGGCGCUUAGCUUUGCGCUGUGUUUCGUCGACUACUACUACGCGCUGGAUGCGAUGCUGUUCAACACGUGCAUCUUUCUCGGGUGCAUCUCGUACAUGUCGCAGUGCGUGGGGUACAUUUACCUCAAAAAGAACUUUCGCACCAUGGAGCGGAAGUUCCUCAGUCCGCUGGCAAAAUUCGGCGCCAUGUAUGCGAUUGGCAUCUGGAUCGUGACCAUGAUCGCCAUUCUGGGGUUCCAACGCGACGGUCAAGUGAGCAUUCUACUCGUGGUCGGCGUCUUGGUCGUGUGCACCGUGUACUACCACUUCUACGCCAAGCACAACCAAACGUUUUCAGACGAAGAGCGAAAGGCGUUGUUUUUUGCCCAUGUUGCCAACCAUAACAACUCGAAGCGCAACAGCACCUUGCGUGGGAAGAAGCCUCUGACUUCUCUUUUGAAGCACGUUGGCCUAAGAAAAGUGUCGUCGUCAUCGACCCCGUUGCGCCGCCCGUCCACAAACGGCACUUCAACCACCGCCCUGCCGCCAGUCACCCACGACAGUGUCGGGAUGAAGAAGAAACGCAGUUCUGGAACCUCCAAGGGUCCGUCCACAAAAGAUUCGCAGGGUUCUCGACCGCAGAUAACAUAGUACUGCUACAGAUUGUACUGUAUAUACAUAUGCCAUUAAAGAUCGUAACGUAUGAUAGAUGGCCAAUUUAUGGUUCGUGGAAUGCA